GAUCGGGGCGGGGGAGCGAGCUGGGACUCGGUACGCGCAGGGCGGCCAGAGCAGCAUGGCGGAAGACGAGAGUGACCAGGAAUCGGAGAGACUCGGCGAGGAACUGAAGGCCAUUAAUGAGCCGCACCUUCCCGCCGGAUUGUCUCCUGCCCUGAGCAGCCAGUAUUAUUGCUACCGCUUCUGCCAGGUUGUUGAAGAUUAUGCUGGAAGAUGGCAGGUUCCUCUGCCACAGCUUCAAGUACUCCAAACAGCUCUCUGUUGUUUCACAUCUGCAUGUGUAUCUUUUCCAGAUGAAUGUGAACAUGUACAAUAUGUGCUAAGUAGCCUAGCCUUGAGCUUUUUCGAACUGUUGCUAUUCUUUGGAAAAGAUGAAUUCUAUGAAGAUCCUUUAAAAGACAUUCUUGGAUCAAUCCAGGAUUGCCAGAAUCGACUCAGCAGAUACAAAAAUGUUAACUUAGAAUUGGUGACUCGAAUUACCAGAGACGGUGGACCUUGGGAGGAUCCUGUAUUACAAGCUGUUCUUAAAGGAAGAUCAGCUUCUCAGGAAUUAGUCAACAAAUAUUUAAGCUCUGAAAAUCCACUGUUCUUUGAAUUACGUGCCAGAUAUCUUAUUGCCUGUGAACGCAUCCCAGAGGCAAUGGCUCUUAUCAAAGCUUGCAUGAAUCAUCCUAAUAUUAGCAAAGAUCUUUACUUCCAUCAAGCAUUUUUCAUGUGUCUUUAUAUGUCUCCGCUAGAAGAUCACCUAUUCCAAGAGCAUUUGCUGAGGACUGACUGCAAGAAUGGCAUUGAAAUCAUCUGCAACAUUGCAAAAGAAGGGAAGAUUGCUGUAGCAUUGAAUCUUUGUGAAUUGUUUCUUAUUCCACAGCUCAAAAAAGGGGAUAUGUAUUGCAUCUGGGAGCUGAUCUUUAUUUGGAGUAAACUGCAACUUAGAUCUAACCCAUCAAAGCAAGUAUUUGUAGAUCAAUGCUACCAUCUUUUAAGGAUAGCUACAAAUUUACAAGUUAUUUUCCCUUUCAUGAAAGUCAUUAGGGAUGAAAUUGGCAAGGAAGGUCUACAGAUUUGUGUAGAGAUCUGUGGAAGUGCUCUUCAGCUAGAUCUUCAUGAUGAUCCAAAAAUGAAAUGUUUGAUAUACAAAACCAUUGCUCACUUUUUGCCAAGUGACUUAGAAAUAGUGCGAAUAUGUGCUCUUUCUAUAUUUUUUAUUGAGCGCACCAUGGAGUCCUAUUAUACUAUUGAACAGCUAUAUAAAUGUACAGAUGAAGACUACAAUGAACAGAUAAGUUCAGUUCAGAAUCGUGUACGUUUUGAGUUGCUCCCAAUUUUGAAAAAAGGAUUGUUUUUUGAUCCAGAAUUUUGGAAUUUUUUGAUGAUCAAACAGAACUGUUUAGCACUGCUAAGAGAUAAAGCCUCAGUUGAACUGACUGAACGUCCACGUGAGCUUUCUUCUGCAAAUACAUCAAAGACACGUCGAGCACUGCGGAGUGAUCAAUCUUGUAUAUCUGAGAUAAACAAUGGAGAACUAGGCCAUGAAGAUACUUCUGAAGCACAAUUGGAAAAUGAUGGUAAUUGCAAAAAGAACCAUGUAGUUCUUAAUUCAUCUAAAACUGAUCACAAUGUACCAAAACAUCGUUGCAUAUUAUGUAACAGAGAAUUUGUUGGUGGCCAUAUUGUGAGGCAUGCCCAGGCUCAUCAGAAGAAGGGCAGUUUCUCAUGUGUAAUGUGUUGUAGAAAAUUCAGACAAAAAAGUAUAAUGCUUAAGCACUUAAAGAAUCACAUCAAGAAAAUGACACUGCAUCAUCUGACUGCAACUUCUGUUGAUAAAGGAACUCUUAUUGUAAAUGAAAUGAACUGUUCUAGUGUUGAUGUCCCCCUUCAAAAUGGGGACUUGGACAGUACUAAAGAAAAUGAAGUGGAGCUAGUCAUUCCAAGUACUAAUCAGGAGAUGCAGAAUUCUGAACUUGCACUGGAUGUAACCAAAAAUCAUGUUAGUAGCCAGGAUGAUGUUGUUGAAAAUGGUAGUUGUGAUAAUGAUUCAAAUAAUAUUCCUGAGGUGGAAAUGAAAGAAGAAUCACCAGAAACCAGCCUGAAUAGAGAACUCCCUAUACUUCACAAAGUAAAUGGUGCACUCUGUCCUCAAAAUGAUUUAGAUCACACAAGUAAUUUCAAGUGUCCUGCAGAUGGAUGUAUUAGAGUCUUUAAAAAAAUACGGUUUCUGAAUAAGCAUGCACGCAAGGCUCAUCCUACUGAUCUGAAUGUGCAAGAGCAUAUAAUGAAAUGGAAUAAUGGAAAAUGUAGAUUUUGUCAGAGAAAAUUUUUGGAUUCCCAUCAUUUUAUUGAUCAUCUGAAACAACAUGUUUAUCCAAAUGUAUAUUUCUGUUUGCAUUUUAACUGUAAUCAGAGAUUUAAGCUGUCUACUGAGCUUGCAGAACAUAUGAAAAGUCAUACUGAGUUUAAAGCUCAGUGUAACUUUGCAGAGUGUUGUAAACUUUUUGAUGACAUUUCAUUGUUAUAUGAGCAUGAAGCUCAACAUUACUUAAACAUAGCAAAUCCUUCUGAAGUCAGUGAAAAUAUUUCUUCAAUUGUUUUGGAAUCUGAGUGUGCUAUUCAAGAAAUAGCAGAUAAUGGUGGUGAAAAGGAGCCUAUAAUGGACUUGCCAAUUCCCACUUGGAAAGCAAGGAAAGAUUCUCUAGAACCAAAGACUUAUAUCCAGACUGAGAAAAAAGUAAAUAAUCUAAUCCAGAAUGGGAAUGAAAAUGCAUAUGGUAGUGCUAUCACAGUUGUGAACUUAAUAGACCAAAAGGUACCUGAAGAAGUAGAGCCAAAUUUAGAAAGCUGUAAACUUAAUGAUCAGCUAGUCAAUGGGCAUGGUGAAUUGGAACAAACAACAGCCACAUUGGAUGCUGAUUUGGAAACAACGAGUGCCAAUACUAGGACAGCAAAUGGAUCUAUUCUACCUGUUCUGCAGAACUGUACAGAUAUAUCAGACACUACUCUCGUGGAUUCUCAGACACUUUCUAAACCAAAUCAGAUAACAGAAAAUACAUCGUACGGCUUAAUUUUAACAAAGCCUUAUAUUAGACCAUUGCCUCCGAGUUACCUUGAUGAACGAUAUAUUAGCAUGCCAAAACGAAGAAAAACUUUGACUGAUAAAGUAGAUGCACAUUCAGAGCAAGGCAAAACGUGUAGCAAAUCAGAAAGACUAAGAUGCAGCAAAUGUUUGACCACCUACUGUAACUCAGAAGCACUUCAGCGUCAUCUUGCACAAAAGAAGUGUAGGACACUUUUUGGAUUCGAUUCAGAUGAUGAAAGUGCCUGAGCAAAUGAUGUAUGAAGACUUCUCCAUUUGAGGAGUAGUGAUGGAACACUACAAUAUUCUGCAUCUACCUGCUUUUCCCUUCUUGGCCUUAAUUAUAAAGAAGUCUAAAAUUACUAAAGAAAAUCAUGAUCUUUCAGAGAAUUAAAGCACACGGGUCACAACUAAGUGAUAGUAGGAGCCGUGCAGUAUUAGUAUCCAGAAAACAAGCAAACUUUGUUUAAACCCCCAAAGUACCAGUUACCUAAAAGCCACAAGUUCUUGCAUAGUUCUACUCUUAGGUAAAUUCACUGGGUGGCUGUAUACCGAAAAGAUUUCAUGCUGACUGAAAACAAUUGUUCCAGAGAAAAAUGCCUAUGGGACAUGCCUCUUUCUGAAUCUGUAUGUUCAAAGGAAGCCAUUCUGUAUGAUAAAACUAGUUUGAGUCACAUUCAAUGUUGCUGUGCAUUAAAAUUGGAUCAAUUAAAAAUAGAUCCAUGUAUAGAGGUUGACUCUUCUUGCAAUGGUAUAUUUUGUACCUUGGAAAUGGAACUGAUGAAUGUAAGAAAAAAACAGUGCUGGGCAGUGUAUCUUAAUAAAUGUUUUAAGGCAUACAAUAAGGGCUAAAGUAUGUCUUUGAUAUUUCCAAAUUCACCUACUUAAACUGCAUUCAAAUGCACCAAAGUUUUUCAAGACCUGAUCAUGAUGAAUGUAUAAAUAGAAUUCACUCCUAACAAGAACUAGCUAAUCCACACAGCUACAAUAUUUGAUAUCAAAAAGCAGUUUUAGGCUCAAUAGUAAAUUCAUAUGGUUAGAAUUUAACUGAAUUCAGCUGGUGUAUAAAUUUUAAGCAUAAACUUUUUAAGAUUGUCUGUAUGAGUUACACCUGUUAAAAUCUACUUUUGUAUUGAAAAUGAAUUAAAAAGGGCCACACUUGAUUUAAAUUGACAUUAAGACAUUAUGGAUACAACACUAUAUUCCUAUUGCAUCAACAUUGAAAAGUUGCACUUAAUUUUCUUUAUGAAACAAUUGCAUUCUUAAGAAAUCCAUUCAAAUGCUAUCAUGGCAAGUGCAUGCUAUAAAAAUAAAUUGGAAGUAAUUUGAGCAUAGAAUCUAUUAUUCAUUAAGCAGUCUUUCUGUCAGGCUUCUAUGCAAGUACAAGAUAAUGAAGUUCAAAGCAUUUCUGAAUAAUUUUUGAAGUGAGCAUACAUAUAAAAUCCCAUGGCAAACUUAAUCAGUAAAAAUAAAUUGUUUUAGUUCAGAGUACCAAUAAAAUUAUUUGCACUGUGCCUUGCAAAGUUAAGCUUUAAAAUCCUUAUUCUUAAAAUAGUACACAUACAAAAGCAGAGUAUUUUAAUCCCAAAAUAUCCAAGAUAUCCCUUUCUCUAAAAACAAUGGUGUAUAAAUAUCUAUUAUGAAAAAUAACUUUUUCAUAAUAAAAAUUAAGAUCUUUCUUGUAGAUCACUGGAGUUUGAAAAUAUUUGCAAAGGGAUUACAAUUUUUUAAAAAAUGGAAAUUAUUUGACCUUUUGAGCUAUAUUUUCAAUGUAAUCCUACACAUUUCUACUCCAAAGUCAGUCCCAUUGAGUUUAAUGGUACUUACUCUCAG